AGAUCGAUCUCCUCCUACCUCCCCCCAUUACUUUUUAGUAGAAAUGUCCUUUUCAGAAGCAUUAACGAUGCUUCUUCUUCUUCUUCCUCCCUCCUCAGAGCUCACGUGGAAACAAACAAUGACGUAACACGUAGAAGGUAAGCCAUCCACUUAGCUGUCCUCUAAUUUGUCAAUUUUCUCUCGGUUCAAACUUCAAACACCUUUGGGGCUUGAAUUUGACUGUGGGUUUUCUUUCAUGUUAAAAAAAAAAAUUCUUCCUUCGAUGCGAGUCUAUUAACUUGUCCAAUAACUUUUGGGUGAAAAAAAAAACUUGGGUUGUUGUUAAAUCCUUAAAUGCUUGUCUGAUCCUGCUUGGUUGCUUCGUCGGACGAUUGUCAUCCAGAACACGAGGAGCUCCGUACUAGACUUUCUCUCUCUCUCUCUCCCUUGAGCUCUAACCACGAUGAGGAAUUGCUGUUUUAAACUGCUGAUUUGGGUUUCGCCCUUUUUGUGCUUGAUAUCUGUUUCGUGGGGAUUUGAUCCGGUAGACAACUAUCUAAUAAACUGUGGAUCACCCACAAACACAUCGGUGGGGGAUCGAAUUUUUGUGGCGGAUGAUUCUAGUUCCAGCAUCAUUUCAACCCCACAAAAUAUUUUUGCCAACACGAGUUCGAAUGCUAUCUCUUCCACCUAUGGUUUAGCCCUUUAUCAAACUGCCCGAAUAUUCACUGCAACCUCUAAUUACACAUUUUCAAUUAAGAAGCAAGGGCGGCACUUUGUUCGCCUCUAUUUCUUCCCUUUUGCUCAUGAAAACUAUGAUUUGAGCACAGCAAAGUUCUCAGUUUUUGUUCAAAAAUUCACUCUCUUAAAAGAUUUCCAACUACGGAAUGGUUCUUUGAUGAAAGAGUACUCUUUGAACGUGACUUCAAAUAGCCUAGUCCUCACUUUUACCCCCUCUUCCAAUUCAUUUGCUUAUGUGAAUGCAAUAGAAGUUGUUUUAGUACCUGAUGAGCUUAUUCUGAAUGAUGCCAAGACCAUUGAUCCGCCAGGCAAUUACCAAAAUCUGCAGAAACAAGCCUUAGAGACAGUUGUGAGGGUGAAUAUGGGUGGCACGGCUAUAUCUCCUGAUAAUGAUACCCUGUGGAGGGUUUGGGUUUCGGAGGAAAAUUAUCUGAGGCACAGCAUCUUUGCCAAGUCUGUUAGGAACAUCAAAGCUGUAAAUUACACGUUAAAAUGGCCAACAAGGGAUGUGGCUCCCCCGAGUGUCUAUGGAACGGCCACUAGGUUGACAUCAGAAGGUGAUCCCAAUUUCAAUGCUAAUAUAACAUGGCUUUUUGAUGUCGACCCCGGUUUUGACUAUUUGGUGCGAUUUCACUUCUGUGAUAUAGCGAGCCCCUCGCCUGGGAAGAUCCAUUUCAAUGUUUAUAUUAACUCCUGGAUGGUUUUUCAGGAUCUUGAUCUGAGUAAUCUAACAUCAAACGUCUUGGGUGCUCCAUAUGCCAUGGAUGUUGUUGCUAGGAUAAGCAAUAGCCGGGUGCUUAGUGUUGGUGUUGGCCCUCCAAAUAGGGAUCUUCAUAAUUCAGAAGGAAUCCUAAAUGGGCUAGAGAUCAUGAAAAUAAACAGUUCUAAGGGUGGGCUGGAUGCUUUGGACACUGAUUUAAAGACCUUGACACCAAAAUCCAAGGUAAAAGCUGGUAUGAUAGUGGGUUUGGCCUUUGGGGUGCUGCUUAUUGUUGUUGUGCUGGCGUUAGUUCUCUUCCUGGUGUGUAAAAGAAGAAUGCUAGCACAGUUCCAUUUCACCACACUCGGAGGAGAGAAUGUUCAAACCAUGGAAAGUAAAUAUGGCAAUGGAACUGGUAUGUUUAGCUUCUCAUUCCCUGUGAUUCAAGAGGCCACUGAUAAUUUCAGUGAAGAUUUAGUUAUUGGGGUUGGUGGUUUUGGAAAGGUUUACAAGGGAGUUUUGAGAGAUGAAACUAGAGUGGCAGUGAAGAGGGGAAAUCCUCAGUCUCGACAGGGACUUGCUGAAUUUCGAACAGAAAUUGAAAUGCUGUCCCAGUUCCGUCACCGCCAUUUAGUAUCUUUGAUUGGGUACUGUGAUGAACAAAAUGAGAUGAUCAUAAUCUACGAGUACAUGGAAAAGGGGACCCUCAAGGAUCAUCUUUAUAGCUUGAAUGUUCCCAGGUUGAGUUGGAAACAAAGGCUUGAUAUCUGCAUUGGAUCAGCAAGAGGACUGCACUAUCUGCAUACCGGCUCUGCUAAGGCAAUCAUUCACCGUGAUGUUAAGUCUGCAAAUAUCCUGUUGGAUGAAAAUUUCAUGGCUAAGGUUGCAGAUUUUGGGCUAUCAAAAACUGGUCCUGAGGUUGAUCAAACACAUGUCAGUACAGCAGUGAAAGGAAGCUUUGGAUAUCUUGAUCCAGAGUAUUUGACAAGGCAACAGCUAACUGAGAAAUCAGAUGUGUUCUCCUUUGGUGUGGUUUUGUUUGAAGUCCUUUGUGGGAGACCUGUUAUAGAUCCAUCUCUUCCAAGGGAAAAGGUGAAUUUAAUUGAAUGGGCGUUGAAAUAUCAAAAGAGAGGGGAAUUGGAAGAAAUUAUAGAUCCUCAUCUUGUGGGUACUACAAGUCCAGAUUCUUUGAGGAAGUUUGGAGAGACAGCUGAGAAAUGCUUGGCUGAAUGUGGCUUAGAUCGACCCUCGAUGGGCGACGUGUUAUGGCACUUGGAAUACGCACUUCGGCUUCAAGUGAGUGAAGAAGGAUCUAAACGUGACGGCGAGUUCCCUAUACAGGUUAAUGGUGUUAAUCACUUGGAGAACAGUGCACAAUUCAGUUCAACAAGUGCUAGGGAUCUUGCUGGUAUUUCAAUGAGUAAAGUUUUCUCAGAAAUGUUGAAAGGAGAAAUGACUUGAGAAUAAGGUGAAAGGGAAGGCAUGUCAUUGGUCAUAUGUCAUUGGUCAUCCUCUCUAGUGAGAGGCCUCCCAAGUUGUCUUUCUACUGAUAUAGUACUGAGCAAGGUGCAUCUGUUUUGUAUAGAAGGGUUCGAGGAUCAAGUCAUUUUAAGUGUCCUUGGCUGUAAAAAAUCCCAUCUCAAACCUGUUAAAUUCAAUGGUCAGUCAGUUUAUUUUAUGGCUCAUGACAAGUAAUAUGCAUAUAGUUUUCUUUUCUUGGUUUCA